GGAACGAUGAUCACACUCUUUGUCGCUCUUUCUUUCUUAACAUCAGUGAAAACUUCUGACAUCAAGGAGCUUCAAGUUCAAAAAGUAAAGCGUGGAGAAACUGUAACUAUAAAAUGUGAUGACUUGUCCGGUAACAAAACUAAUUUAGUUUGGUUCAAACAGAGUUUUGGAAAAUUGCCUCAAUUCGUGGUGCGACAGAUGGAGAAGACAAUAAGACCUGGUGCAGGAUUUGGUGAUGGACGUUUCAGGAUUAGUCAUGAAAAAUUGUUUAAUCUUAACAUUAAAGAAAUCAAAGAAGAGGAUACAGGAACAUAUUUCUGUGCAGAAUGGCUGGUAUCUUCACUACACUUCAGAUCUGGAACCCUUUUGGUUGUUGAAGCUAAGGAGAUGAAACGGCAUCCUCCGACUGUAACAGUGAUGGAGAACAGAGAGUCGCUCACACUCCAGUGUUCAGUUCAAGCCUUCACUUCAAGCUGUGAAGAACAGAGUAUGUACUGGUUCAGACACAGCUCAAGAGAAUCUCAUCCAGGAAUCAUUUACACUCAUGGAGACGGCAGUGAUGAGUGUAAGAAGAGCUCUGAGGCUGGUUCUCCUACACAGAGCUGUGUCUACACUCUCCCCAAGAGGAAGCUCACAACCUCUGAUAAUGGAACAUUCUACUGUGCUGUGGCCGCGUGUGGACAAAUCCUCUUUAGCAAUGGAACUGAAGUUAAAGUAGUAGGUUACAGUUGUACUGAUCAGACACAUGUGCUGCUCUUGCUCUCAGUUUUUAGAGUUGGAGUUCUUGCCAUCAUGCUCAUUAUCUUUACAAUAGUCCACAUCAUUUUAAAAUUAAGAUCAAAUUAAAUAUUCAAAGACAAAGGGAAUGAAUCUUGAGCUAAGGAGAAAACAAUGUGUUAGUUUUAAUUAGUGUUGUGAUGCUUGAGACCUGUCUGAGUCCUGUCAUAAACUCGAAUAAACUUGAAUAAGCAUAAACUUGUUGCUGAAAUUCUGUAUGGUCUUUUCUCAGUCUCGGCCUACAAAGACUCAAAAUACUUCUUUUAGACACCACCCGAGACCAUAUCAUCAUCUCCAUGAACCAGUAUUUUGUAAUGUUCCCAUAUACCUAUAUAUCAAGUAACUGUUUCAAAAUAUUUCAUGUUCUAAUGUUCAAAAUAAUGUAGCACAAGUACUUGUAAUGCACAUCUGUAUUUGGUCUCAAAGAUGUAUGAGACAAAACAAAUUCUAGUUUUUUAUGCACUUUAUUUACCUGCUGUAUGCUUAAAUCAUAGGAAAUGUGCUUUGAUUUACAAAUGUUUACAUGUGCUAUACUGCUUCGUGUUGCAUUUUUUAAUAAAAAAUUAAUAUUUUGUAUAACUAGCAAACUCAUUUUAUUUACCUCACACAUGCUCCCGAACCCAUCACUGUUUUAAUAUUACUCAUUGCUUAUGUUGGCUGUAUAGUGGAAUGACUUUGGUUUAACUGUGAUAUGAAGUUAUUCUUUAAUAUAUUUGCUGUUUUAUAUCUUGUCUAUUAUUCAGUGUAAUUAAAAUUUGUUUAAAUAAAAUUUAAAGGCAA